UGCUUUAGUUAAUCGUAUCAAAUGAAUCGUCAACAAAUUUAAAUUGAAUUUUAACAAGUUGAAUAUGUAUUAAACGCAAAGUGAGUUAACCGGUUUUACUUAGUAUCCCCACCUCCUUUUUAUCACGAGGUAUUAGAUCCCUGUUGUUUGUUGGACAGAGAAGAUGUGGUCACGGAGUGUCGGUGUAUUGAAAACAUUCGGUAGGGCAGGAAAUACGCGCGCAGUUACAUCCUUAGUCCCUGGAGAACCGAAGGAACCCAGCGUAAUUACAGCGGUUCCCGGACCAAAAUCGCAAAAACUCAUUGAUGAUUUAAACUCUAUUAAUCAAAGCGGGUCGGUUCAGCUUUUUGGAAAUUAUGACAAAUCCAUUGGGAAUUACUUAAUCGACGUCGAUGAAAAUAUAUUUCUAGAUGCUUUUACUCAAAUUUCCUCUAUUCCGAUAGGUUACAAUCACCCGGAGCUUCUCAAGGUCUUUAAAGAUGAGCACAAACUGAAGACACUUGUAAACCGUCCGGCUCUUGGUGUAUUUCCCGGCGACUACUGGCCAGAAAAGCUUAGAAGUGUAUUACUUUCAGUUUCGCCAGGACUGUCGCAAGUCAUGACGAUGAUGUGUGGCUCGUGCUCCAACGAAAACGCCUAUAAAGCUCUCUUCAUUCACUACCGUGGACGCGAAAGGGGUGAGGAUGUGGACUUCAGCGAACUAGAAAAAACGUCAUGUAUGAUCAACCAACCUCCUGGUGCUCCAAAGCUGACCUUGCUGUCUUUUCACGGCGCAUUCCACGGAAGAACUAUGGCCACUCUUGCCACCACGCAUUCUAAGGCAAUUCAUAAGUUAGAUGUACCUUCCCUGGAUUGGCCCAUUGCGCAUUUUCCUCGAUAUAAGUAUCCUCUACACGAACACCAACGGGACAAUGAAGCUGAGGAUAGACAGUGUCUGGCCGAAGUACAAGAUUUAAUUGAAAAGUAUAAAAAGAAAGGCAGACCAGUUGCUGGUAUAGUCGUAGAACCUAUCCAAUCGGAAGGUGGAGACAACGAAGCUUCUCCGGAAUUUUUUCAACAACUUCAAAGAAUCGCUAAGCACAAUGGAGCAGGUCUUUUGAUAGACGAAGUACAAACAGGAUGUGGCGCCACCGGAAAAAUGUGGUGCCACGAGCAUUUUGUAUUGGAAUCUCCACCCGAUAUAGUGACAUUCAGCAAAAAAAUGCUCACUGGGGGCUUCUUCCACAACUUAGAAAUGAGACCUAAGCAGCCCUAUAGGAUAUUCAACACAUGGAUAGGAGAUCCAGGAAAACUACUUCUUUUGGAGGCCGUCUUAAACGUUAUAAAACAAGAGAAUCUUUUGCAUCAGGUUCAAAAAAGCGGCGACGUGCUGAAAGCUGGAUUGCUUGAUCUGGAAAAGGAAAAUCCCUCUUUGUUGAAUUCCGUAAGAGGUCGGGGUACAUUUUUGGCAGUAAACGCAAUUGACACGAAGCUGAGAGACAACAUUUUAGUCAAAUUAAAAGCUAAGGGCGUUAUUGCUGGAUCGUGCGGAGAUCAUUCGGUAAGGCUCCGACCGUCACUGACAUUCCAAGAACAUCACGCUAAUAUUUUCCUAGACAAAUUUAGACAGGUAUUACAAGAAGUGAAAUAAAUUUUACCUAUUCCGUUA